GAAAAAGGUGGAGAGUAAUGAGAGCGUGAGUUUCACGAGGACAGAAAAAAGAGUAGGAAAGAAUGAAACCCUAAAGUAGACAAGAGCGGAGGUUGAUUUUCAGACAAAAACUGUCUUAGAAAGUGGUCUGGCGUUUGCUUAGAUUCAGAUCCUUCAACUUUGAUCAACUAACCAACGACAAACCUUUCAUUAUUACACACCUCUUUCCAUUACUUCUCUGACCAAAACUCCGCCUCUGACACCACCUGCAGCCACCAAUGUCCAUCGCCGCCUGCCUUCUCACCCCUUCCCCACUUUCCUCUCCUAAUUCCCUUACCAUCACCCCUAAAUUCCCCACCACUUUCCCUCUCCACCUCCACCUCCGCCUUUCCUCCUCCGCCACCUGUCUCCGUCACAGCCGAUCUUCCCCUUUCUUAACCUUCUGCGCCGGCGGCGAUGGUGGUGAUAUUAACAGCAAUAACAACUCGGGUGGCGGCGGUGGAAACGAUGAGAAUGGAAAACACAGGGGUGGUGAUGACGAGAAUGCGGGUGACAAGAACAGGAAAGAGGCGAUGAUUGUCCUGGCGGAGGCAGGGAGGUCAACGUUGAGUCUGCCGAAGGACUUGGCGGCGGCGAUCCAGGCUGGGAGGAUCCCCGGGUCGGUCAUAGAGAGGUUCUUGGGGCUUGAAAAAUCGGGGCUUAUGAGAUGGUUGAUGCAGUUUGGAGGGUUUAAAGAAAGGCUUUUGGCUGAUGAUCUUUUCUUAGCUAAAGUUGCCAUGGAGUGUGGUGUUGGGAUCUUCACCAAGACUGCUGCAGAAUAUGAACGUCGCAGAGAAAACUUUUUCAAGGAGCUGGAAAUCGUUUUUGCUGAUGUGGUAAUGGCCAUAAUUGCAGAUUUCAUGCUUGUGUAUCUUCCUGCUCCUACUGUUUCUCUCCGGCCUCCUCUUGCAGUCACUGCUGGAGCUAUUUCCAAGUUCUUCUAUAGCUGCCCUGAUAAUGCUUUCCAGGUUGCUCUUCCUGGUACUUCGUAUUCACUUUUGCAGAGAUUAGGAGCAGUAAUGCGUAACGGCGCAAAGCUUUUUGCAGUGGGCACCACUUCUUCGCUGGUUGGGACAGCCAUCACAAAUGCUUUGAUUAAUGCUAGGAAGGCCGUUGAUAAGACAUCGGCAGCUGAAGUUGAAAAUGUUCCUAUACUAUCCACCAGUGUUGCCUAUGGUGUAUAUAUGGCAGUUUCGAGCAACCUCAGGUACCAAGUGCUGGCUGGUGUAAUUGAACAACGGAUUCUGGAGCCUUUGUUGCACCAGCACAAGCUUAUGUUGAGUGCAAUAUGCUUUGCCGUUAGAACAGGCAACACAUUCUUGGGUUCUCUAUUGUGGGUGGAUUAUGCUCGCUUGGUCGGUAUUCAGAAGGCUCACGAAGAGGACGCAGCAGCAUAGGUUGAGGUUGGAACCAACCAGUUAUGGUGGUUUUCCCCAUCAAAGGAGGUUUGCUGGAAAAGCUUUGUUGCCUCCCAUGCUAGUUUUCAUUACAAUACAAUUUUACUUUUGUUUGACCUGUUCUUAUAAAAUAAACUCUUUUUGUGCUUUUUUCCCAA